ACUUCCAGAAUUCGCCUAAUCUCCCAAGUUGCUGCUGCCGCUCUUAAAGGAGACGCAUCCUUAACAGGGAUAUAUUUAGUAAAGGAAAUACGAGGUUUGCUAUAGCUUUAAGAAGUAAAUAAUGGUAAAUGUUCGUAGAUAUAUUUAUUAUAUUCUGUCACGUUUUUACUCAUAAGUAAGACCAUAAAAUAAUUGCAUGGAGGACUAAAAAUAUACUAAGCCAACAAAACUUGGUACCACUGGGGCCUUCGACGUUUCGUUGGCCUUAAAUGCUCCAUAUGUUAUUAACUAACGGAUAACAGAAGUAUCUGAAGGCUGCUACGGGUGAAUAAGAGCGUGUAUGAACUCCCAGGAGGACCACGUUUCGGCAGGGAGUGAAACAAACCGAGACUCGAUGGAGGCCGUCAAAACAUCCCCGGACUCGACUAAACCGUCCAGCCGGAGAGGAGGAAGUCAACGGCGGGUCAAAACCGGAGUAACCUCCCCGGAUGCUGUUGGCUCUUGCUCUGGUGCUGUGCGUGUUUUGCGAGCCAGGGGAGCUGUAUCUUGCAAGACUAACGAGUCCAGGAAUACAUCUCGCAAGAAAAACUCUCAGAGUCUGCAGGAUAAACGUAGGAGACCUGCUGGAUCAGGCUGCAAAAAUUCACCUGUCAUCAAAGUCAUGGUAAGGAAGCUGAGAGCCAAAAAAGCAUCCAAAAACAAUCUUGGAACAAAGCUGUCCAAAUCUGAAAAAGGCAACAAGAGACCACAAAGUGGAGCCUCUUGCGUCUCACCUGCAACAUUAUGCAAGCCAGAAGCAAAGUUUGAAGCCUCGUCGUGUGAAGAGAAAACAGAAGCUUUGAAAGGAAGCAUUAACAAUGUCUCAGAUCCAGAUGAUCCACUUGAUGAGGACCCUCCAUUUAGGGAUGACUUAAAUGAUGUCAUCUACACCCAAGAGACACACAUGGAAAAAUCAAGGUGCCGUGCAACGUCACAAAAGGAGGUCAAGAAAGAGGAGUCAGAGAUAGAGGAGGAAGAUAUAAAGAAGGAAGAAUCAACCAAGAGUGUUGAUGAAGCCAAGGAUAACACCACGCCACCAAGGAAGAGGGCGAAACAACAAAAAGAUGACAAAGCAACUCGGCCACCAAAGCGGAGGAAAAAGCCCCCUGUGCAGUAUGUCCGCUGUGAAAUAGAAGGCUGUGGCACCGUCUUGGCACACCCGCGCUACUUACAGCACCAUAUAAAAUACCAGCACAUGCUAAAAAAGAAGUACGUGUGUGAUCACCCCGCCUGUGGACGCUUGUUCCGUCUGCAGAAGCAGCUUUUGCGCCAUGCAAAACACCACACAGAUCAAAGGGACUACAUCUGUGAGUUUUGUGCUCGAGCCUUUAAGAGUUCCCAUAACCUGGCUGUGCACAGGAUGAUCCACACAGGAGAGAAGCCAAUACAGUGUGAGAUCUGUGGCUUCACCUGCCGUCAAAAGGCCUCCUUAAACUGGCACAUGAAGAAGCAUGAUGCAGAAGCCUCCUACCAGUUCCCUUGCUCUAUUUGUAACAAAAAGUUUGAGAAAAAGGACUCCGUUGUUGCACACAAGGCCAAAAGCCACCCUGAGGUACUCAUUGCUGAAGCCAUGGCAGCUAAUGGAGGCUCUGUCAUAAGCACAACCACCUCUGUUCCAGAGACUGUCCCGGUGCUCACCCAGCCUGACACUCCCUCUGUCGGCCAGGAGGAGGAGGAGAGUGGUGCGCUGACGCCCCUUGAGCAGGUGGUGCUCCCACUCGCUCCACAGACGCAGGUUGAUGUCCCUCAAGCCCAGUUCCUCAAACUGCCCUCCCACCAGGUUGUGACACAUCAGCAGCAACCUCCCACCUUACUCCACCUCACCACUGCUACUCCCACUCACCUCUCCGGUGCCCACCUUAUCCAGCUUUCCACCCUCCCCAUCAGCACUGUCACACCCAUGCCCGUCACGGACCACCACAGCACUCUCAUCACCCUGAGCUCCGUCACCACACUGGCCUCCGCAGCCUCCCUGGCGCCUCCCCAGCAGACCAUGCAGUGGGAGAGAGAGGCUCAGGAGGAAGUAGAGGUGCCUGGGGAGGGGGAGCUGUGGGACAGGGUAGUGGUGGGUGGCAGGGAAAUGAUGUGGGAGGAUAGCGAGGAGAGGAGGAAGGAGGAUGAAGGGAUUGUUUGGGACAGAGAAGGAGAGAGGCAGAUUCUGUUGCAGUGUGCUGAGGUUCAUGGAGAGGGGUUACUCUAGACUGGACGACAAAAAAUACCUGAAGAGAAGAAAACAAGAUGUUUUAAUUUAAGAAAUGAAGAAGAGGCUGAAGGAUCUUGAAAAGUUGAUAAGCUGGCAUUUUUAAACAUAAAAAAACAGGCUCCACAAAGUGUAUAUCAGUAGUCUUAGAGUGCAUAGCUCUAGAGAAACUCUUUAAAUCAGGGAAUAUGUACAUUUACUGAUAAAAUAAUGUGGAUUCAGUUUACGUAUUUCAUUACUGAACAGAUGUUUUGUUUGUUUGUGUGUAUGUUGGUUUUUUUUGAUGUUAAAAAGACUGAAACAUGAUUGCACAUGUUCUAUAAGUGAGUCAGAUUACAUUAAUUUUCUCCACAUUAUGCGACUACAAUGUUUAUGCAAAGUUAAAAAAAAAAAAUAACAGAGACUUUAUUGCCUUAACAAUAGUUAAGCCAAAAGUAGCAGAAAAAAAAACGUACAACCACAACCAAAUGUGAUGAAAAAACGUUCUUGUAAUAUUCUAUUAUAGGGGAAUUAAAUUGUAGGAAAAUGUAGUUUUAAAGAAAUCACUUUGAUUUCAGCAGGGGUUCUGAGAAAAGAAAUUUGAUAUCUAAUGUAAGAAGUUCUUAAAUGUUUCUAGAAAGAUGAACUGCUCUCACAGCAGACCUCUUAAGUUUGGUAAGGCAAAGAUGUGUCUAAUUUCAGUCACUUUCAACCCCUGAGCAGUGUGACAUCCCUUUAUAUUUUUACUUCAUACCUUCUAAUUUCAUCUUUUAUCACUUUGCAGACGGCAGAACUCAAAUAAAAGUAGUUUUAUGUUUACACUCUUUGAUAAUAACACAUACCUCUGCACACUUUCAUGACUACUGAGCGGAGCACUAAUAGUUUUACAGUAUAAUUUAUCAGAAAAAUGUGUUAUAUAACUUCAAUAAACAAAAUGUGUUCAAUAUG